GUUUCAUACCUAAUAUAUAAUUUAUAUUUAACCAAAUUCCGCUUCAAUUCCAAGAACGGGAAUCACAUAAUAACUUUUGGUAAGCUAGUUUAGACCAGGAGAGAGUUUGGUUAUGGAGCUAAAGUCGCGAUGCCAAGCACAUGCAACGCAAGUGUCCGCAAGGUCAUGACUUCGGCCAAGUAUUGAUACUUCUCCCCGCAGUAUGGAGUACACGCAUCCUCACGAUACUUGAUCGCAAGUACCUAUAUAAGGUCGAGGUAUACAAGCAGCGUAUACAAGCAGCGUAUGCAAUGCAGCCUCGCGGUCACUCUCAAAUACUAUCUAUCUACUUGCCUAUGCUUGACCCAUUUAGUCAACUUACUCCUUAUAGGAGUCCGAGAGCAAGUGACUAUGGCUACUAAGCUGGGACGCCAACGACCUGUUUGGAUUCGCGAGGAGCAAGUGCUGAGAAUGUAAAUGUAGGCAGUACAAUUCUACCGUAUUCAUAGUACAUACCUCCCUCUCUAACUUCAAUGACAAUGGCCUUUUUCGGUAUAAUCUUUAUCAUUACGAGGGGAUCUUACCUAUACAAAUAUAUG